AUGUNCGCCGUGCUUGGAAAGCUUUCUCGGCCUGAAAUUGCCGAACUUACACGUCAAACUUACGAGGCACGUCAACGGAGAAAAAGCAGCAAAACUCCCGUCGAUGGACAUCGCAUCAAGGCAGGCGAGCCCAGUGGGAUGAUGGACCGGGCAAGCAACGCAAGUGACAGUUUACAGCAUCACUCAACUGGGUGCCCGAGGUCUGGGGCCAGACACUCAUCUGUGAAAAAAGAACAUGAACACAAUCAUCGACCUCGCCCCAACAGCUCAGACGAGGAAAGGAGGUGCUCCCAGUCCAAAAGAAACGAAAAGAACGAUGAUGGACAAAUAAACAAAAGCAACAUCUCUCGUCCCUUGGCACAGCCAGCACUGACCGCGCCAGCGGGAAAAUACGCCGACAAGACAGAUAAGAAGCUGCCGAUAAAACCAAUCCUCAAAAAGGAAGGGACGAGUCGUGUCCGAUUCGGUCCCGGUGUGCAGAUAAACACGUUGCACGGGGAGACAAGUACAAGAAAGCGGCAUGAGAAUGCGCCCGUGGGACAUAUAAGUUACAGUAAACAAAAGGAGGGAAGUUAUCGUCAAUAUGAACAGAAACAUGUAAAGACGGAAAAUGUGAGUCUGUCGCGUGUCGUUGUUUUUGGGAGCGGAGUUGGGAUCGAGAUGGAGUCCGACAGAGUGCGGAACGGUAUUUUUCUAAUUCUAGAAACCAUUACCAUUCAGGAGGAACUUAUGCAUGAGGUCGAAGUUUCCGUCAAAAGUCGGACCGCCGGUUGCAGGAUACAGGUUGUGGUGAAUUAUGAGGAUUUUGAUAGAAAUGUGAAAAUGUAG